AUGUACCGCCUGGGUGAAAAAAAUGACUUCCAGGUGGAAAGGGCACCUUUCUCGAAGCCCGUUGGAGUUUUUUGGACAGCGGAACGCCAAAAACAAGAAGCCAAGCGAAUUUUUGACCUUCAGGAGCAACCAGCCUUCGCCUAUGUGGAGCACAUGAACUUCAUGAACUUCCGGCCGUUUCAUCAUCCCCAGCCCAUCUACAUCAACUUGGUUCGUGAUCCCGUCGAAAGAGUGAUCAGUUGGUUCUACUACAAACGCACACCCUGGAACUCGGUCAAAAUGUUCGAGAUCACGGGAAAGUUUCAGAACCGAUCCCAUUACUUUUCUGUCCUUUGCCGGUUUAAUGUCUCAAUCGAUCGGGUUAUCCUUUCAAGACCUUUCAACACCCCAGCAGCCAUUGCCAAGGCGAAACAGAACGUGGAACGUGACUACUCGGUGGUUGGGAGCUGGGAAGAUGUGAACGUGACUCUGACAGUACUCGAGCACUACAUACCUCGUUUCUUCAAGGGUGUUACUGACUUGUACUAUGAGCCCGAAGUAGGUCUGGCCUUCAAGAAAAUGAACACGAACCAUUGGAAACCGAAAAUUAGCGAACGCAUCAAAAGGAUUAUGCGGGCGAACUUCACCCAGGAGUACGACUUCUAUCACUUUGUCAAGCAGCGUUUGUACAGACAAUACUUUGCAAUAAAAAAAGACAUGGAACUGUAAACAACGACGAUUUUAUUGAACUUCUGCUUCCAUUAACUUUAGUCCCGUAACCAAGUAUUUCGAUUUAAUUGCCCGCAUUUAGAUUUCAUUUUUGUAUGGGUUGAUUUUUUGUUUGUCUGGUCUAAGGAAGUCGACUUAUUAUUA